AUGACUGGCGAGAAUGAACAACUGCUAUCUAGGGAAGACAAACCACGUCAACAUGGAUCUUUACGUCAAUUCUCAAGACAUGUAGACCAGAGGGGUCCUGAUACCUGCACCGAAACACAUGAGCUUCAGCAAUGGAGAUCGACAAAAAAGAACACAAAGGUCCAUGAAACCCACAUACUUCUGGAACCAGAAACAGAAGAUGUAGGGCUUAUCUUACCUCCAGCAGAAGAGUACGACGUCAACAAGCCUCAACGGGAAGAUGAUUAUGAGGUUGCCAGUAUCAACACAGAGCAAAACAACACAACUGACCACAACCACAACCACGACUUCAAUGCCUCUACUCGUCUUCAGUGCAUUGUUGGCAUCACCAUAGGAGGUCUUCUCGCCCUCGCAUGUAUCGUGUCUGGCAUUUACAUCCUUGCAACACAAAAGGAAAAGAUCGCUUUACACGUUGAACUUGAUACAAUGGCAAGAGAAGUCCUGUCUCUUGUCUUCAAUAUUAUCCUCACGUUCUGCAUUGACAGUAUGGCUUUCGUCCAUUCCCUCUCAUUGAGAUGGGCCCUUUAUAGCGAACAUCGAUUGGAGUUUAACACAAACCUUCGCCUUUUCACCAGCUCGACCAAGAGCGGCCCCAAUCGGUGGUACGCCAACAUCUUGAGCAUGAUCUGUUUGAUUCUCUGCUACGGAGCUUCCAGUUACUUGGUACUUCCCGACGACAAGAACGAGGUACUCAUCAACGGCUUCGCUCUCUUGACACUAGGUCUGGCUCUUCUGGGACACGCAGCACUUUCGACAUGGUGCCUAUGGACCCGCUCCGGUUCUAUAUUGAACUGGAGUUCUAAUACGUUGAGCAAUUGUCUGUCCGCUGUGCAAAACGGGAUGCUUCAGCGGCGCAAUGGGAGGUGUAUGCGACCUGUGCAUGAUCGGAACCCUCCAUUGCAACUUGGUGCAGAUAUCGAUACGCAGCCAAUUUGUCCUCGGCAGAGGCAAGAGAAAAUGUACACGCUGAGCAGGCGUGUAAGGAGAAUUAUUUGGCUGCUCUGGGCGCUGGUAAUACUGGCUAUUGGGUGGAUGUUUACCAUCUUGGGGCUAGACCUGGCAUAUGCAGCCGAUAGUGGUUUGCAUUGUUCACCUAGCACAGACUCACUAAGAUGGGAGAUCGUAGGUCCAGGUAGUUGCUUCAGCAAUAUGGCGAGCCUCUCCAUGUCCCCGUCUUCCCAAAGUCCUGAAGGGUACAACAAAUACCCGCUCCUCCAAGUCUUUCUGGGGCUGCUGUUCAUCAGUGCAGUCCAAGCAGCCCAGUCCAUUGCUCUACAUUGUACCGAGCUGCUUGUUAACAUUUCACGAGAUGAGACUAUGUGGAGGAAUGCGUAUAGCAAUAGGAGCAGGAGCAGGAAAGAGCCCAAGGGGGCCUUACUUGUAAGCGACUCACUGAAGAACGCAAUAAGCAGCUGGGAAUUCAUCAUCCUGAGCCUUUUCAAAUCUCUUCUGCACUGGAGUGUUGGUCAAGCUGUACAGCCGAGCUUCUACAUAGAUUUCCCAGAGGACAUUGCGACCCUAGAUCCAGCUUUGUUGAAAGGGGAAAUGACUGUGGUAGGGGUUAUCUUUUAUAUGGUUUAUACUCGGCUACUUCUUUAUGCCGUCCUUGCUAUACUAGUGGCUUCUUUUGCUACUUUUCUAGCAAUGAGAAAGAGAUCGGGACCUCAACCUGCUACUAUGGGCCACUUGCAAACUAUUGCAGACCUAGUUGACGAUUGGACUCCAAGUGAGAACAGACGUAUUUACUGGGGAGAUAAAGGGGAAAGCUCAACAAGUGCAGUCCGCCAUGCAGGAACAACCUGCAAACCUGAGACUUUAGGCCAGAUCAAGAGGACGGUAGCCUGUUUAAAUUCCAUAGCUAGUAAGGGAAACACAAAUCUCUAA